AUGAGCAACGCGACGUAUAACUAUGAAUUAUUGAAGAAAAGCAUGCAGACUGCCUCUAUGGUGUUCUGCAGUCUUGCGUUAGUGGUGGGGGUCCUUGGCAACGGGCUGGUCAUCUUCAUCACUGGCUUCCGAAUGAAGAAGACCGUCAACACAGUCUGGUUCUUCAACUUGGCCAUUGCUGACAUCUUCUUCAUCUUUUUACUGUAUUUUGCCCGUGCAGCUCUGAUAAUCCAGUCGGACAUGAGCCUGCCCUUGUGCAAGGCCAACGGCACCCUCCUCUUCUUCACCCUCUUUGCCAGUGUUUAUCUCCUCAUGGUCAUCAGCAUUGACCGUUGCAUUUCCGUCUGGUAUCCGGUCUGGGCUCAGAAUCACCGAACACCUCGGUUGGCUUCUUUUGUGGUUUUGGGUGUGUGGAUCCUGGCUUUGGUGUUGUGUUCUCCAGUUUUGUAUUUCUGGGAAACAGAAGUAAAUCCAAUUGACAUGGCUCGUCAUAAUUGCUCUAACGUUUAUGGUGAGUUUGAAGUGCUCAGCGAUCCAGCAAUGGUCAUCAGCCGCUUCAUCUUUGCCUUUGUCAUUCCCUUCUCUGUUAUUCUUAUCUGCUACGGGGCGAUUGUCUUGAAACUGAGAAGGACUCAGUUGUCUCCGUCCAGCAAGCCCUAUACAGUCAUCACGGCAGUGAUUGUCCCCUUUUUUGCCUUCUGGCUCCCCUAUUACGUGUUCCUGUUCAUUGACAUGAAAUAUGGAACACAACUCAACCUGCAGAUGACACUGUAUAUUGGAUUGCCCUUGGUCUCAUGCUUGGCGUUCAUCAACAGCUGCCUCAAUCCCAUCUUCUAUGUCUUCAUGGGUCAGAAUUUCAGAGAGGCCUUGAGACGGUCCCUCUUUUCCGCAUUUGAGGAUGCCUUCACUGAAGAUGUCCGGCAAACUGCGACAGCCAACAAAACAAAUCUUCAGCAGAGACGGAAUCCCAACGAUGAAUUCUGAAAAACCGACCCAUUCCAAAACGUGUUGGCUUGAGGAGACGUGUGUAAGGCUCAGGGUAUUCAUUGCAAAUCUAUUCCCUACGCAUUUGAAGCGCCUUCUUUGUCUCGGAACCAAAGCUAGAAUCUGGUUGAUGAAUCUGGUAUGCUGCUUUAUAUAGAGAUACCUGCUCUUAACUGCAAUGAUGAAUCCCAGAUUCAGAUAUGCAUUCUCAUUUUAUUCCUGUAGCCACCCAUCAUUGAAUGCAAGGGGAGCUGGUUCAGAUCUAAUGUCAUUUGAGCCAACCCCAUACCAGCUCAAAUAACACUUCUUAUUAUACGAUUGAUGCAUCGAAGUUCUAGAUUCAGAAAUUUUGUAUUCCUGGUUAUUCCUGUAGGUCAGGGGUGUCAAACUCAAGGCCCGGGGCUGGAUCCGACCUGCAGGGUACUUAAAUCUGGCCCGCGGGGCCACCCUGGAAAUAGCGAAGGACUGGCCCGUGGUGCCUCUGCCAGUGAAAAUGGGCUCCCAAGUUCCGUUUUCAGCUGCCAUGGCCUCCUGCAACCCUAUGCCAGUGAAAAGGGAGCUCAGGAGGGCUGCAUGAAAUGGGUUGCAGUCAAAAAGGGAGCUCAGGAGCCCAUUUUCCCUGGCAGAGUGCUUGGGCCACUACAGGUGCCCCGGACAGGAGUGACAUCAAGCCGACCACACCUACUCUGGCCACGCUCUCCCCCGAGGUCAAACACAACCCUGAUGCGGCCCUCAAUGAAGUCGAGUUUGACACCCCUUCCUUGGGUGAAUCAUGAAUUACAAUAGAUCAGUGUCCUCUUAAUUCUGAAUCUCUCCAAUAGGAAGAGUGGUUGCAAUUUGAUUUUUCUUGGUUUGCUUGGCAAAAGCCCUCUUGCUGGUAGAUCAUUAACAAACGUGGACCUCCUUCAUUGAUUCAUUGCAUUUCCUCUUACCUAUGGUUUAAAUCAGAGGUGGGUUUCAGCAGGUUCUGACCAGUUCUGGAGAACCGGUAGUGGAAAUUUUGAGUAGUUCGGAGAAGCGGUAGUAAAAAUUCUGACUGGCCCCACCCCCAUCUAUUCUCUGCCUCCCAAGUCCCAGCUGAUCGGGAGGAAAUGGGGAUUUUGCAGUAACCUUCCCCUGGAGUGGGGUGGGAAUGGAGAUUUUACAGUAUCCUUCUCCCGGAGUGGGGUGGAAAUGGAGAUUUUACAGUAUCCUUCCCCUGCCAUGCCCACCAAGCCAUGCCACGCCCAAGCCACACCCACAGAACCAGUAGUAAAAAAUUUUUGAAACCCACUACUGGUUUAAAUGACAUAUUUAGCUGCCUGAGCUGUAGCUCUUUUCUCCCAUAAACUGCAA